AUGGCACCCUCACGGGGCCUGCACCACCUCCUCUACAUCUUAAACCCCCAAAUUGCCCUCCGAAAUACUCGCCGCACAUUCUCCUCCUUCACAGAAACCCUCGCCAACCCGACCAAAAAGGUCCAGACCUACAUCUCCCGUUCCACCAACCCAUUUCUGAACCUCUCAAUCGAAGACCACAUCCUCCGCACUUCAUCCCCAUCUUCCGUAAUACUCUUCCUCUACACAAAUGCGCCCUGCGUUGUCAUUGGCAGAAACCAGAACCCCUGGCUGGAAGUUAACUUGCCCAUUCUCCGCCCAUGCCCUCCGAAAGCCCAGAAGUCGACAGGAAUAGAGAUAGGCAUAGAACAGCCCGGCCUUGGGCCCAUCUCUCUUGUCCGCCGACGCUCCGGUGGCGGCACUGUAUUCCACGACAAGGGGAAUGUGAAUUGGAGCGUGACAUCGCCGCGCGUGGCAUUCACGCGGGAUAAGCAUGCAGAGAUGGUGGUGAGGGCGUUAAGAAAGCUGGGGGUUGGGCGUGCGAGGGUGAAUGAGAGGCAUGAUAUCGUUUUGGAUCAAGGGAAGAGGGGGCGGGAUAUUGAUGCGAUGGAUACGCAUCGUACGCCGUAUAUGGAUGAGACUGGAGAGGAAAUGAGGAAGCCGUUAAAGGUGUCGGGGUCCGCGUAUAAGCUUACGAGAGGACGGGCGUUACAUCAUGGUACGGCGUUGCUCGCGUCGCCCAAUUUGGAUGUUAUUCCGCAGUAUUUGCACUCUCCCGGUAAGCCGUUUAUCAAUGCGAAGGGUGUGGAGAGCGUCAGUUCCCCGGUUGGAAAUAUCGGGCUUGACACUUCGGUGUUUCAGAAGCAAGUAUCGGAACAAUUCGCCGCCAUGUAUGGUAGCGGCAACGAAAGAGUGCCUGUGCAGAUGGUUGGCGAAGAGCAUCUGUACAUCCCGGAAAUCAAGAAAGGAUAUGAUGAACUGCGGACAGCGGACUGGGUUUAUUCGCAGACGCCGGGGUUUACGGUGACGAAUGAAAUUAGCCAGGAUACACACUACAACGAAAAGUCACGAUUAGCGUCUAAAAUACAGACCCCAGAUUUCCAAAUCAGCAUGGCUGUCCGCCAUGGCGUCAUCAAGGACUGCAAGAUCGAAGAAACGCGAGUGCCGAUAGGCGAGCUGGAGGCCUUUCAGGCAAGCCUCCUAGAGCAGAAAUUACAGGACAUUCAAGACUGGCCAGCUUUCCUUCAUAGCAAGACUAGCUGCGAGAGCAAGGAACUAGCUGCUAUUGCUAAGUGGCUUGGUAAAAUUUUGUAUACACCAGAGAUACCCAGAGACUGAACACAUUGGCCGUUGAUACCUAUGGAAGUAGGAAAUACUGCAAACAAUUUG